AUGGCAGCGUCUGUGGACCGGUACCUCACCAAAAUCCGGGCUGACCCCCCUACCGUCAUCGUCAGUGACCGGAUAGAAGGCGAAGGUGAAACUAUUCGCUUGCAGUGGAUCAAUGUGCUUAUAGAAGCCGACUACACCGCCAAGAUGGCGGUGUUUUUCCGACUAAACAAAAUGGUGCGUCUUCGCCUUAUGUCCACUUACCUAUCAACUUUACAAAUAGCACGAGCAUCCACUAACCCCAUCGUUCAGAUCAUCGACAACGCACUCCACACAGCCGGAGAGAACAACGCCAACGAGCUCCGAGGCUUCUUGUUCCUCAUGGGCCUGUCCGUUGCACACGAGCUGAUCCACACCUUUGUCGGGUUCCUUACUGGAGAUGACGGCCGAGACACGCCCGACAGCAUUCGCUAUCCUCUCGGCCCAGUCCGGCAGGAAGGAGAGUCAGGGAACUUCUGGGAAGGAAAGUUGCUUCGCUGCAGGAUCCAGGCCUACUUCAACCCGAGAAACCCGCGCGGUACCCGCCAGGUUGGUGACAUGGUUGGGGUCUUCACGACGCAGAAUACAGGUCGCGCCGUGAGCGAGGCUGGGAUGCAUGACUGCUUAGGGCUGAACUUUACUUUUCCCGUCGAUCUGACCGGACCGUCGCAAAACUGCACCAAUCGCACACAGAUGGAGGGCACCGCACAGAGAAAGACAUGGAAGGACAGACUUCAAUAUCGCGGUGACUAUACGCCCCUCAUGGCAGCGAUCAACGACAUGCCUCUGCAUAGGAUCAGCUCCUCUGCUCUUCGUGACAUUAUGCGAACUGCUGCAAACCCGGCUUACAUCAAAGUCCGGGCAUGGGCGCCGCGCACGACAUGGGUAGGUAGGUAA